UGGGUGAAAAGUGUCAAAACAGUAUUAUUUUGGCAUUUACCUUUUCAGAGACUCGAACAUCGAAAUUGAGUAGCGUCUAGUGAAAAGUAAUCAUGUCCAGGUCACAGAAAUCGGUGGAUAGCCAGCAGAAGCAGCAGCAGCAGCAGCAGCAGAAAGCCCCACAAAUACCGCCCAAUGGCCUGCUAAUAUAUGGCAACGGACUCGUCUUUGGUGGCAAUGUUUAUCCGGUUUUGGUGGAUGGUGUGCCCAUGCAGGCACCCGUCGGUGCUCAACAGGCUGCUGCCCAGCAGCGCUGGCAGAUGAUGCACGGCCCGGCCAUGGCCCAGCAACCAGUCAACGCUCCUGGCCAGAAGCAGCAACAGCAUCAGACCCAGAACCAGAACCAGCACCAGAACCGGGAACAGCGACCACGACACCGGCAACAACUGCAGAAACAGCAGCAGCAGCAGCAAUAUCAGACUGGACCAGGAACCAUGUCCCCGCGGCAUCCACAAUCCUUUAGACCAAAAACACGAACGCGACUACAGUCCCAGCCGCCACGGAACUCCUCCAUACCCGGUGGUUAUCCACCGCAAUGCCCUGCAUCGUCUAGUGCUCCCAACAUUGCUGCGCGCAACAACAGGGGGUACGGCAUGCAGAUGCAACAACAGCAGCAGUACCAGCAGCAGCACCAGCAGCAGCACCAGCUGCAGCUGCAGCAGCAACAGCAGCAGAUACAGCAGCAGCAGCAGCAGCAUCAACUCCAAUCAGCCAUGGGCGUCCAUUACAACUACGGAUACAUGACCAAUGGCAGCGAUAUCGGGGGCUGGAACGGGUAUGUGAACAUGCUGCCGCCAACGGAUGCAAAUAAACCGUACUCAUUCGACUGAGGCGUGCCCUGGCAGCGAGUGUGACAUAUUUCGGAGCCAAAAGUUGGAAAAUUUCUCUUGUUCUGGAAACAAAAAUAUCGCGAAAACAACAAAAUUAAAUUUGCAUGGCAGAAUUAGCUCUAAUCACA